UCCUUCGCACUCAGCCAGCCAUGGCUCUCCGUCUUCACCACCUACCCCUCCUCCUCCUCCUCCUCCUCCUCGUGCUAUCCACCGCCUCCGCCACCCACUCGCCGGAGACCGCCACCGCCUCCGCCCGCGCCCACCCCCACCACCACCGCUCGCCGUUCGGCACGGCCACCGCCCACUUCCACCCCGUCCCUAGCGCCGCGCCCUCCAUGCACCAAAACCACCUCCACGCCGACAGCCAGUCCCUGCUCUCCGCCGUCGACGUCGACCCCAUCCUCGCCGACGCGCAGGCCACGGACGCGGCGGAGGCCCGUCCCGCUCCGCUCGUGCCGCCCCAGGCCGAAGCGGCAUCACCGCCUCCCACGCUCGUCCUCCCGGUGCCGAAUCUCGCGGAGGCGACGCCGCAGCCGCAGGAGGAGGGGUCCGCGCCGACGACGCCCGCUGCAGCGACGACAGCGACGACCAGCACGCUUCUCCCGCUCCCUGCCACGGUGGCGACGACCGCGACCCCGCCUCCGCCUCCCGCCGUGUCCGACGCCGAGCAGGGGCUGCAGCAGCUCUCCAGGGUGCUCACCUCGCUGGGGUACAACGAGAUGGCGUCGGAGGCGCCGCUCCUCGCCCACGCGCCGCCGCUCGCGAGGUGGCCCGGGGCCAUCACCGUCUUCGCCGCCCCCGACGCCUUCCUCCAGGCCGCCUGCCCCAUGUGCUCGCGCCGCCACCUCCUCGAGCAGCACAUCGCCAUGGGCUACUACCCCUACUCCGAGCUCGCCGCCGCAGCCACCAUGAAGAUCCCCUCCGCCUCCGUCGGCUUCUGCAUCAAGGUCGCCACCGAGCGGGGCCCCUUCGGCAUCCACUACGCCAGGAUCUACGCCGACGGCGUCGAGGUGUCCCACCCCGAGCUCUACAACGACGGCCGCUACGUCGUCCACGGCCUCCACGGCUUCCUGCGCCCGCUCACGCACUCCUGCUUUGACGGCCCGCACCACCAUCACCUCACCGGCCGCUCCGCCGCAUCCUCCGCGGCCACCGCUGCCUCCGUGGUGCGCAUCAUGAUCCGCGACGCCAUGGCGCGACUCCGCGACGGGGGCUACGGCUUCGUGGCGCUGGCCAUGCGCGUCAAGUUCGCCGAGCUCGACAAGUUGGCCAACCUGACGCUCUUCGCGCUCGACGACCCGGCCAUCUUCGUCGGCGGAGGCCACGACUACGUCUCGGCGGUGCGCUUCCACAUCGUCCCCAACCACCGCCUCACGCGCGCAGACCUCCACCGCCUCCGCCCCGGCACGGUCCUCCCCACGCUGGCCGGCGAGGGCCAGAGCCUCGUCAUCACCCACUACGCCACCGGCUCGGCCUCCUCCAACGACGACGUCCGCAUCAACUACAUACCCAUCAAGGAGCCCGACGUGGUGGUCAACUCGCGCAUCGCCGUCCACGGCGUCUACGUGCCGUUCCCCCGCCUCCACCUCGCCGAUCUCGCCGUCGCGUCCGCCACCGACCAGACCAACGGCACCUGCGGCGUCGGGGAGCCCUUCGGCGACUGCGCCUCCUCAGCGAUCACCUCUCCCAAGAGGCAAGUAGCUCCCGGCGAGUGAUGCGAUGCGUACGUCUCGUCUCGAUCGUUUUGCUCUGUUAUGUUUCUAGUCUAGCCAUGGAGGAUUUACUGCUACUAGUGCGUAGUGGAGUAGUGGUUCGGAUUUGGGCAGUCGUUUAGUUCAAUAGAGGUUCAGAUAAGAGAUGAGUACUUCUGAUUGCAUUUUGUGGCACCGAAUGAUUGUUGCAUAGCUUAUCGAUGAGUACUUCUGUACGACUUGAAUCAAUUUUGGUGCGAAUUUGAUUCAUCUUCUCGUUGCUCUGUUC